UAGUAUCCCGACACCGUCCCAAGCUGGAGCAUGCUACCCUUCGAAAGAAAUCGUUCGAAAUUCGCCCGCGAUUCUUUUUCUUUCUAUAGCUUUUGUUAUGAGUUUUCUUUAAUUUUUUGAAAAAUAUUGACCUGCUUCUGAAUACUGCUUUUGAUCUGGUUUGUUUUCUACUUUUGUAUGAGCCAUUUUCGGUUUCGGUUUGCUUAAAUUGUGGCUGGCGCUUCUGAUCUGCGAUCUCUGGCGACGAGUGAUGUCUCUGUGGUCGGAAGAAAGCGAAAUUUGCUCAAUCGGCAUGACCAUUCAACCAUCCUCAAGUGCCUCAUCGGGAAUAUCCCAGUUGGCCCAAUGCGGACAACUAGGAGAAUUACCGGAACUUCCAGCACCGGAUGAGCAACGUCUUCAGAGAGCGGCGCUAGUUCUUCAACAGAGAUUAGUUCUUCGACAGUGGCUUUACAAAUACAACUUGCAUUCUUACUACCCUAAGUUGCUGCCUGUAGAAGUAACCUCUCUGGAAGACGUUUAUUGGUUGGAAGAUAACAAGGCUAAACAGGUUUUCACCAAAGAUUUCCCCCGUUGGUCUUCGGCGAGACAGUCGUUACCAAUUUCCAAACAACGAUUGGAAGUCCUUAAGGCAGAUCUGUGGUCUGAAGUCGUUAAGAGUAGUCAUCAUCAAGACGCCUGGACAUGGGGAGGAAUGUUGGUGGUAUCUGUAUCCGUCGCCGGCUUGGUCACAUUGGCCGCUAUGACUCAACCUUCAUUAGCACCAGAAGCAAAGCAUUCCUUACUUCAAUAUGUUACUGGAAAAUAUUUGUUACCGUCGAAUUGUAAGGUAAAUUUUCAAUGGUCUUGUCAUCAUCCAGUGGGCCAAACAGUUUGUUUUACUGUGCAAUUCUACCAACGUAACGGACAGCCUUAUCCAAUCUGUGAUACUGAUAAUUUUACUGUUGAUAUUCGUGGAGGUGCACGAAAGCUAGCCGUUAUUACAGAAUUAGGAUCUCCAACAGACCCUAACAGCGCCAACGUGGCAAAAGUUAAAUUUACCGUCCGUCACGCUGGCCAGUACCGUAUUUCGGUAAUGGUAGGUACCCAGCACGUCGCCGGUAGUCCCUUUACAACGAUUUUCGUCGCUGGGCCAGCGUUUGCACAAAGGACCAUGGUUGUGAGACAUUGUAGCACCGUAGUUUGUACUGCUAAUGUCGCCCAUCUACUCUACAUCGAACCCAGAGAUGAAUAUAGCAAUAUAUGUCGGUAUGCGUCAGGUGAUAAUCCUACAGAGGGUUAUACAAUCGAUAUAAUGCAAUUAGGAACUCAAUCGCAGGAAAACGAAUUAGAAAUAGAUAAAGAAAACUUUACGACUAGCUUAGAUUACGAUUGGGAAAGUCAACGAGUUAGCGUACAACUAAAAUUUAUACGAGAGGGUUGUUAUCAUGCUACCAUCUACUACCAUGGCUCUGAAUUGCAUAAUGGAGACUUUGAUAUUAUUGUGUUAAAUAGUAUAGAUUCUACUCUAGUCCAUAGAAACGUUGCUUCGAAAAACCACAAUAUUUGUUAUGACGCAAAACUAGUUGGAAUUAACGGGGAAAGGAUACCCAAACCAAAGAAGAUCUUGUGUUAUGUAUCGCCCAAACAACUUAUUAUUAAAGAACUUAUUUUGAAGUUCAUACCAAAGAGACUGUUCACUUUUAGAUUAUGUCCAUCGACUAAGUUCAAUUUCCAUGCAGACACAUUGAAGUUUAGCGAAUUUUACUCUUCAUCGUUUACCGUAGACGACGGUUGUCAACCAAAGAUAGAACUAGUUUCGAAAGAUAGAAACGUUAUAGCAGCUACUUUCGCACAAUUUCUCCUGAAGAAUAUGGGCGGUUCCGAAACGUUUAAAGAUAAACAAGACUUUUUUUACCACGAAGUUCGAAAGUUCCAUCACAAACACUACCACGAAAAGUUGUCGAUGAAAGUCAGUAGGGAAAAACUUUUAGAGUCGAGCAUGAAGUCGACCAAAAGUUUUUCGGUUGCUGAUUGGUGCAAGAAUUUUGAGGUUAAUUUUCAAGGUGAACAAGGAAUUGAUUGGGGAGGAUUAAGACGAGAAUGGUUCGAACUGAUCUGUGAGCAGCUAUUUGAUCCUAAAAAUACCUUAUUCACAAGUUUUCACGAAGGGCAGCAAUCAUUAGUUCAUCCCAAUCCCGCUAGAGGUCCUCAUCUUAAGCUAAAACAUUACGAAUUCGCUGGAAAAGUAGUUGGAAAGUGUUUGUAUGAGAGCGCAUUGGGAGGAUCGUAUAGGCAACUAGUUAGAGCUAGAUUCACUAGAUCUUUCUUAGCACAAGUUAUAGGGCUUCGAGUACAUUAUAAGUAUUUUGAGCAAGAUGAUCCAGACCUGUACCUGUCUAAAAUUAAGUAUCUCCUUGAAAAUAACAUGGACGAUCUAGAGACAGAGUUGUAUUUCGUAGAAGAGCAGUACGAUUCAAACGGGCAGCUAUUUAGGAUAGUAGAGUUAGUUCCGAACGGUUCAAAAAUUAGAGUUUCCAAUAGUACAAAACUGCAAUACUUAGAUGCCCUUGCACAAUAUAGAUUAGCUACCAGCAUAAAGGAUGAAAUGGAGGCUUUUCUGCGAGGCUUGAACGAGUUGAUUCCUGAUAACUUACUCAGUAUUUUUGAUGAGAACGAGUUAGAACUUCUUCUUUGCGGGACGGGCCAAUACAGCAUCGCUGACUUCAAAGCCCACCACGUCGUCAAUGGCAAUUCAACGGAGUUCAGAAGGAUAGUUGGUUGGUUUUGGGCAGCAGUGGGCAAUUUUACGCAAGAGGAGAUGGCACGAUUAUUACAAUUUACCACUGGAUGUUCUCAGUUGCCUCCCGGAGGGUUCAGGGAUCUUACACCUCGGUUUCAGAUCACUGCUGCUCCCACUUUUGGAAAUCUUCCAACGGCGCAUACUUGUUUCAAUCAACUCUGUCUACCUGAUUACGACUCUUACGAACAUUUCGAAAAAUCUCUUCUUCUAGCAAUAAGUGAAGGUACCGAAGGGUUUGGAAUGGUUUGACUCCAACUGUGAUUUAUUUACGCUUUUUAUAGUAUUUAUUUAAUAUUAGUAUCACAAAAGUAGAAGUUUAACACACUUACAGUUAAUAAAUUCAAAAUUAGAGGUUUUUAGUGUGUUUAUAUAAGAAUUAUUUGGAUUAAAAUGAAAUAAAUAUUGGUAAUUGAAUAUGUUCUGUACAAUAUGCCCGUUUAUGUCCAGUACGUCAAUUCAAGAAUAUCUUUUCUCGCUGGAAAAUGUUUCUCAUUUUGAUCUCUAUCUGAUCUCUUGAACAAAUAAAAUGAGUGAAAUUUAAAGAAUAUAUGAAAAGUGUAGUCACUUUAAAGUUCCUACCCUUUUUUGGGGUAAAUUAGGAUAAACCAUUGUGAUUCAAAUUUUUAACGGGCAAUUACAAACAGGCAAAAACAGAAUCUCAUUAAAUUGUUAAAAUAAUCCAAUAAUUCUUAUAUAAUUUGCACCUUAUAUACCACAAAGUGGAGUAUCUCCGUAGACCUGUAAAAUCACUAAAAUCAAAAAUACUUUUAGAGUCUAGUUGUCAAACUUAUAUUUAAUUUUGUAUUAUACGAACAAGUAUUAUUUGCUCCUCAUUACUUAAUGUAAAUUUAUUAGUAAUUACGUCACGAUAGCACAAAUGCAUUUGUAAACUUGCAUUUAAUAGUUACCGGCAUAAAAAAGAACGUACAUAAGCAUCAUUUUGUAUAUACAGUAAUCUGCAAUAUGAAAGAAACGAAUCUCAAGAAUUUUAAAAGGUAAAGGAAGGAAUCAGCUAACUAACUUUAUGGGAAUAAAUCUGCUAUCAUUGUGUUAAAAAGUUGCUGGUUUGCUUCGUGGUGGGUAGCUACAUGAAACGAUUAUUCAACUGUUCAACCUGUCCAAUGUCUAAUGUUAUGCAGGAAGGACAGUUGUUCUCGUCCGAACAAGCGUUUUCCUUUUAUUUUAUAUGAAUGACUAACCGCAAUAACUGACAUUUAGGCCCUCUCAUAUGACCGAAGUAUUGGACCUUUCUAAUUUUAACGGUGUCGAUCAGUUCUUCAUGUUUGUGUAUGGAUUCCAGAACACAUUCAUAAAAACGAACAUGUUCAUAAUUUCAUGAAGAAUUUGAGUGUGUGGCUCAUUUAAUUUUGUCCGUUGUGAUUAUAUUCUUUGGCGUUCCUUAUUUUGAAAAUACAUAAUGUUAAAUAUUGAUUCUAGCUAGUAUUCUGGCAAUUCACCACUGUUACAUUGUGGUAAUCAAUAGGCGUAAAUUAUUGGUGCCACGUUGGGCGCCAAUUGUGUAACACCAUUAACAAUUAGUGGUGUUACAAAUAUUUUAGAAGUCAAAUAAUCCCAUUCAGCAAUGAAAAGGUGCUUAUUCUAAGAUCAUCAAAACUACCAAUUCAGCUUAUCACAUUUAUGUAAACAUAUUUCAGUGAGUGUAAGAACCAUUAACGAAUAUAAAUAUUAAACAAAUCAGGAAUUUAUGAAUUUAAAACAGUAUUUAUUAAAGUAAACUUUAAAAUACGAUUCUCGGUGUUCGGUUCUCGAAAAUGUUCUCGAUUCCUAGAAGUUUUCGAUCACUGAGUUCUCGAUUCUUGAACGUAUUGGAUUGUGUCCAUUACUAGUUACUAUUGCAUAUUUUUUAUAUACAUAUUUUUAGUGUACGUUCUUUCUUAUUAUAUAUUUACAUUCCAGCUGUAACAGACUGUAAUAUUUUUUAGUUAUAUUUUUAUUUCCUACGAAUGUGCUAUCGUACGUACAAUUACAUAUUAGACUUGAUUAUUUAUUAUAAUAUAUAUCUUUUAAACAAGGUUCAACACAUUAGUUAGGAUUUAAUACCAGUGCUAACUGAAGUGGACAGCCUAGUAAAAAUUAUAAUUAGAAAAUGCCUUCUGUAAUAUUAUUGUAUUCUGUAAUAUUUAGUACAACAUAUUGCGCGAAUUUAAAAAAAAAGUCUAUAAAUAAUUAAAAAUUUUAACUAAACAAAG